AAGACAUUACAAUGUAUAAACACUGUAGGGGGGAUAGUCGCCGAAGGCGCCUCGACCGUAAGUGGACUCGUGGGUCGAGUAUCCUCAUCCACGAUUUGCUAAAAGCCGGUACAGGUCUUCGCCCCAGCGGGGAUGUGCUACAAUGCACUCACCUUCGUCAUACAAGCAUGGCAAGGAUACGAGGGCAUAUUCGAAAAUCUCGCUGAGCUUCUCGAGAAAUGCACCGAGUUCCUUGAGCGCCUCGAGUCGUAUCAGGGACGGAUGGACGUGAGACUCAAACGAGUCGCAGUUCAGAACCUUAGACUAUUCGUCGAGAUUUGCGAUCGCACCAUCAAGUUGCGUAGGAAACACAACAAGUUCCUCGCUUUCACGAAGCAAUUAUUCCUCAACGACAACGGCAUCAGUGACCUGCUUGGCAUGAUGGAGAGGCUUAAUACCAAGGAAUCCCUCCUAGUCAACGCACAGACAUACAAGCUAGUGAGUGACAGUGCUGGCGAUAUCAAGUUAAUGCUCGACGGCCAGAAGGAACAGAAGAAAGAACAGGAAGCAAAGAAGUGGCGCACGACCAUCGCUAAGGCACUAGGAUUUCCUCCAAAUACUUUGGAUAACGAUGGUGAACCAGUUCCAAACUGGCAAAGAGCUUUCGACACUCGUAAGAAUACGCUGGUCGCCGAGACUGGCAAGUGGAUCCUAGAUCACGAGGAUUUCGUACAGUGGUCAAAAUCGUCCAUCCCAACCAAGCCCGUUUUAGUGUUAGGUGGCAGAAACGGCUCAGGAAAGACGUCCGUGAUGGCCAAUACACUGAGAUAUCUUAGGAAGAUGAACCGAGCUGGCCCGACGUCUCGAGCCGUCACUGCUUACUUCUUCAUGGAUGGCGAAAAGAAGAAAUCCGAUGAUGAAGAGGUCGGAAGUAGUAGGCUAGAGGUAGUUUCGCGGACGUUACUCUGGCAGAUUUGCACCGCUUACGAAGCAAUGACCAAAGCCGUCUUCCAAAUUCUCGAGAAGAACCCCGACUUUGACGGCUCAGUCGAUCUCUGGCAGCAAAUAUUCAUCAAUAACAGGGAGCGCAUGAACCCAGACACCACUUUCUUCCUGUUUAUCGAUGGAAUCAACAAGGAACUUCUUCCGCUGCUUCAGAGGCUGACUUCGAUAACCGACAACAAGAUAGUCCGCAUCUUCUUGACUGCUCCACCACAGAUGAUCUUGGAGCUCGAAGGAAUCAAGUUUAACACCAUUCCGAUAGCCGAACAUAACGCAGAUGAUAUUGAUAAGUAUAUCAACUCUCGAAUGGAUAACAUGCCGAUCCUUAAAAACGACGGCCGCCCUGGAAUAUCUGAGUGGAGAGGCAAGAUCCUCGAGACGCUGCGCUACAAGUGUGCAGGCGAUUACUUCAAACUGAACACGAGUCUUAAUUCCCUUGCGAAGGUCGACCUUAUCGACGACAUAGAAGAGGUGCUCGCAGAUGCCGACAAGACACGAGCUGACCAAAUCGACGCUGAAAUUCGACGGCUCAACAAUAUUCGCACCGUCAAGGAGAUUCAGGAGAUCAACGAGAUUAUUCAAUGGAUUGAGGCUGGUCGACGAUGGCUACCAGUCGACAUGAUGGAAGCACUCCUAUCUGUAAAACAUCGGAACAGCGCCGUGGUACCACCUCCUACUCCUUCGCUGACGAGGAGAAAGACGGGCUUCUCGGAUAUCGAGAGUAUCACCCAAGAGGCAGCACCCGUGACUUUAACCAUAUCUCUUCUUCCCUUCGCCCAGAAACUCGCAGAGAAGUACCCCAUCUUCACUGUCACAGAUUCCGGCUUCGUCGAUUGGCGUUCUUCCGAAAUCAAGGACCGGAUCCCAUUAAAAGGUUUCGAGACAGAUGCUGGGCUUAGUAUAGUUACGUCCGGCCCAAAAAUUAUCCAAGAAUCAGAGAUCGCCAUCGUCCGACAUUUCCUCAACAACGUGUGCCCGUCUGAUCUCUACCAACGGCUGGAGUUCGAACAGUUCUUCGACAUGAAGCUCGGUGCAAAGUACAAGGAUUACAUCAGCCUUGACCUUGAUAAUGCCAACAUCAAGAUUGCGCUGACCUGCCUGAUCAUACUCACCGAGGAACAGCUGAGGAAUAACACGAGACUUCGCCAGUACGCCAUGUAUUGGCUUCUAGACCACUUGCAAGAAGUCGACCUCUCAGCUGCCGACCGAGAGUUGAAGGCCCAGAUCGGCCCACUUCUCGUCAAGCUCUUUACCGAGGAAUGCGGAAUCGACUCUAUGUUCUGGCCCUUCAACCUUAACGUAAGCUUGAAUACCUGGGACUGGGACGAGUACAUCGAUCUCCGAGAAACUCGAGCCGAAUGGCUAUACUCCAUGUCUGGUGUCCAGGAGAUAUCCCGCUGGUUACGCGACUCCUCCGUGACGAAGUACAUAACUCACGAGCCGGGCAUCUCGUUCGUUGCGGCCGUGAAGGCAUCUUCAGCCAAUCUACAUAGAGCGAUUCUUUCUUACGCAGCCAGACAUAUGGCAACUCACCUGUUCCGUCGUGUGGAAUUCACCCCUCGCCAAUUCUGGUGCGCAUGUUGGUUCAUCCGCGGAUAUCUAUAUCGACUCAACCCCGAAAAGUCCUCCCAGAUGCCCAGCGACCCAGACCCGUACAGGAACGUAGGCGACCCAGCCUUCCAAGAAUUCGAAAACCGGGAAUUUACCCUCGCAACGCUGAAGCAGAUCGAGGACUGGGCGGCCGAGGAGCUCGAGAAGACGAACGACACGCCGGAGCAGCAGUCGAGCUGGGAGAUCCACGGCGCGCUCAUCAUCUUCCAGCUGUGCCACACCGAGGCUGAGGCGACGGGGAUCUACCAGGCGCGCGUGCGCAAGGCCGUGGAGCUCAACCCGAAGAACUGGCACGCCUGCCACUUCCUGACCAAGCAGCCCGACACCGGCAAUGAGGAGGCCGUGCGCCUGCUCGCGCAGGCCAAGAAGGACAUCGACGAGCUGCGCGCCCGCAACGAGUUCUGGAUCCGCGACAGCGCCAACUCCUCGCUGCUCGCGCGCAUCACGCUCGACCUCGGCGAUCGCCUGUGGGACCUGGGCCAGGACCUCGGGCUCGCGGCGGCCACGCACAGGGAGAGCUUGCGGUACGACUACGUGCACUUCCGGGACUACACGAAGGUCAUGGCGCGGUACCAGAGCAGCGGGGCGUGGAACGAGCUGAUCGCUUUUGUCGAGACGCUGAACAGCACGAGCGCGACCUGGGCCGCGUACUUUGACGAGCUGGUCAACCAGUUCGUCGUGCAGAUCGACGACCCCGAUAACGAGACCAACAUCCUGGCGCAGGCCGCGGAUGCGACGAAGCGGUGGGACGUAAUCGAGGAAUUCUUCACGCUGGCCAUCGAUGUGGGCGUCGAGAAGGGGACACACGACCUGCUCUUCAUCCUGCGCGACGGCUUCGCCAAGACGCUGGCCGCGGCCGCCAAUGGCGCGCAUCAGGAAAAGAUCGUCGCGAUCCAAGAGGCGGCGCUCGAGGACAUACGGCUGCACCGCAACGACAGCUUGUUGCGACACUCAAUCGACGACAUGACGAACGUCCUGGCACGUACGUAUUUGGACAAGGCGUUCCAGCCAAACUUAGCGAUUGAGAAAGUCGAUUCUUACGGCUCGCUUAUCGCGAACCUGCUCCCGGAGCCGGACGCGAGUGAUAGCUUCGAUCUUUGGACUGGCACGGUUGCUGUGUGCUGUUUGAUUCGGUAUCACCACCGCCGUAAGACCGAUUCGCAUCUAGCGCGCGGCUGGAUCGAGAGAAUUGUUAGGGAGAUCAUUGAGCUCUUGUCCGAUGAAGACGAAGAGAACGACGAGACUGCGUAUUGGUUGCUGGCGCGACUACUCACGAGUAUCGAGGACACGAAAAACACGCGGAUCGCGUGGACGAUGCGUAAUGCGGCCCAGCGCGACGCAUUGAUCGCGUGGGAGAACUGGGUUGCCAAAUCUUCCGGCGGCACAAUUACCGCUGCCGCGGUCAACGGCGGGCCGAAGGAGAAGGAGCAGCAGGUUGCCCCUUAUAGCAACGGAUUUGCGAACAAGAGUGUGCAGAACGUACGAGAUGGACACAGGAGCCGGAGUCAGAGUCCGAAGGCUGGCGGAAAGGCCGAGCAUAAGUCUCAUUCAAAUGAGGCUACAAGGGAUCCGACGCCUGAGCCAAGGGUCCCGGAACCUGUCGAGGUUAACGAUGACCCAAUCGAGCCAAGCUGGCUCGUGUCAUGCGAUGGAUGCUAUAAGCAGUGGAUGGUGACGGACGAGCCGUUGUACACGUGUGUGGAUUGCCUGGGCGCGACGCAGCUAGACGCAGGUUGCCAUGCUUUGCUUCUCAAGGGGGAGCUGAAGAAGAAGGGGUUAAUCUGCAAGAAAGAGCACACUUUCAUCGAGCUGCCUAAGUGGGAUGAGAAAGAGUAUGAAGGUAUGCCGAGGGGGUCUGUUCCUUUACCUGAUGGCGAGAAGGGUAAGAAGUGGAUUGCGCUGGAAGAGUGGAAGAGGGAGCUGAGGAGACUGUAUUUGAAUGGUGAUGAGGAAGGGUGUUAGUGUUACAGCAUAGCAUUAAGGGAUAGGAAAAAUCAGCUUGGUUUCUAGCGUGCAUAGGGAAUGGCGGAAGCAAGCUUAGGAAAUUUUCAAAAAGGGGGCGA